AUGUCACCACCGCUCUUCGCUCGACCUCCCUUCCCCGUCUCUCCCAAUGGGGCGCUGUCGCAGUUCAAGAUCGAUGUCUCCGAGGACGAGGUCCAGAAACUGAAGACGCUCCUGAAACUCCUCCCCAUUCCGCGCCCGAAUUGGGAGAACGGGCAUAACGAUCAGACAUUCGGUACUCCAAGAGACUGGCUGGUUGAGUCGGUCAACUAUUGGCAGAACAAAUACGACUGGCGAAAGCAAGAAGAAAUCUUGAACAGCAUCCCGCAAUUCAAGGUUGAAGUGCAGGAUGACGAUGGCCAACAGUACAGCGUCCACUUCGCUGCCCUCUUCUCAGAGAACAAAGAUGCCAUCCCCAUUCACCUUUCACAUGGCUGGCCUGGGUCUUUCAUUGAGUUUUUGCCAAUCCUCUUAAAGCUCAAGGAGAAGUACGCUUCUGCUCCCGAGAAGCUACCAUACCAUGUGAUCGUGCCCUCCAUCAUCGGCUUUGGCUUCUCUUCGCCGCCACCGCUCAACAAGGGCUUCACAAUCAGAGACAACUGUCGCAUCUUCCACAAGGCUAUGGUUGCACUCGGCUUCGGCGAUCGCGGCUACAUCACCCAGGGCGGUGACCUGGGGGGCCCGAUUGCGGAGACUCUGGCUGCAGUGUACGAACCGGUGAAAGCUGCGCACGUCAACAUCUACUACGUCCGCUCGGAAGGAGGGGCGCCAGGCUCGUUGGAGCAAGAAGCUUUCGAGCGGCAGCAGGCCUUCAUGCGAACCGGCAUGGCGUACGGCCUGCUCCAUGCGACGCGGCCGAGCACGGCUGGGCUCACAAUCGGGAACAGCCCGAUUUCAUUGCUGGCUUGGAUCGGAGAGAAGAUGCUUGAAUGGUCUGACCCGGCGCACGUUCCUUCGCUGGACACCAUCCUAACGAAUGUGGCCAUUUACUGGUUCACCGGCACUUUCCCUACAUCCAUCUGGUGCUACCGGCCGCUGCUUUCUGGCACGGCCGAAGCUACAGGCGAGGCCAUCACCAACGGCAAACCCAAGGGUUUCUCCUGGUUCCCCCACGAGAUCGCGGCACUUUCAAAGGAUUUCAUCAGAACUGACAAGCACCUGACGCACAUUUACGAAAAUGAUGAAGGAGGUCAUUUCGCCGCCCUCGAGGUACCGGAUUUGCUCUGGGCAGAUAUCGAAGACUUCGUGUCUAAGGUUUGGAAGCAGUGA